AUGGCUAAGAUUCUAUCUGGUUGUCCGAUUCUCGAGAGCUUAACGUUGUAUUUCUGCAAUCAACUCAAUGUUCUUGAUCUCAGCACAUCGCCACGUCUGAGAACAUUAGAAGUAGUCCGAGACACUUGUAUUCCGGGGCCAACGGAGAUAGUGGCACCACAUAUCCGUUGUCUCAUAUUGAAAACCUCUCAGUUACCAUGUACUUUAGUUGAUGUCUCGUCUUUGACGGAAGCUAAACUGAACAUACUUUUUAAGUCGGUUAGAGAAACCUUGCAGGCUGGUUUUCUUCUUCAAGCCAAUGUGGUAAAUAUGCUAGAAAAGUUGAUGCAUGUAGAGAAGCUUACUAUUGGAGGAAACUUUCUUCAGAUGUUAUCUCUUGCCGAGAUUCGUGGCCUUCCUUUUCCGAUGUUCAACGUCAAAGAUCUGACUCUUGAGACAUCGAUCUCUCAGUAUGUUAUUCCUGGCGUAGAGAGGAUAUUACAAAACUCACCUGAUUUGAAGAAGCUAACACUACACACAAGGCAUUACAUUGCUAUACCGAAUGAUUAUUUCUACAAGCACAUUGUUUCGCAAGGAUUGAAUCCGGAUCAAUGCUGGAGAUCAAAAGAUGGGUUGUCUUGGAACACGUCUCAUUGGAAUUUAAAUUCAGAGCAUGUGGCGUCAUUCGUGGAACUUCUUCUUAAGAACACAAAGACAUUAGAGAAGAUAGGUUUGCAGUUGGACGGAGGUUACUGUAGGUUUAAAGAGCUGAUUCCAACAUUUUCCCACAACGAAAAUGUAUCUAUUGCGCUCUUAACUAAGCCGAUGGUGACAUCUGAUGAUCAGUGGUAA